GCUGAGAACUAAAGUAAACACUUCACUGCUUUUCCUCUCGUAUAUAGAAGCGUAGCCCUACUCAGAGUAGCUAUGUCUUCACUAGUCGAAGAAAUGGAGUCCAAGACUAGCUUGGACGCCGAAUGGAAGCGAAUACAAGAGAAGACCUUCACGCGUUGGUGCAACGAGCAGCUCAAGUAUAGGGAGAUAGUGUUGUCGGAUCUGGCUGAAGGCCUCUCCAAUGGAGUCAAUCUCAUACACUUGCUCGAGCUUCUCUCCACUAAGCAGCUGGGUAGAUACAACAAGAAGCCUCGAGUCCAUGCACAAAGGAUGGAGAAUGUCGAUAUGGCUCUCAACUUCAUCACGAAAACGGAGAAAAUCAGGCUUGUCAACAUAGGGAGUGGAGACAUAGUUGGGGGCAACAAAAAGCUCAUACUGGGUCUAAUUUGGACGCUUAUACUUCACUAUCAGAUUAACCUUGGCCUUGGGCUGAAUGAUAAAUCAAAGAACGAGAAAAUGUCGGCAAAGAAGGCACUCCUUGGAUACAUAAAUUCAAAAAUACCGGAGAAAAAUAUCAAAGAUUUCACUUCUGACUGGAAUGACGGUACAGCAGUAGCUGCUCUGGUGGACGGGAUUGCUCCUGGACUGUGUCCAGAGGCCGAGACAAUGGAUCCAAAAGAUGCUCUAGCAAAUGCACAGCACGCAAUGAAGCUAGCUGAAGACUGGCUGAGUGUCCCAAUGGUAUUGGGCCCGGAAGACAUGGUCAAUCCUAACGUUGACGAGUUGAGUAUGAUGACUUACCUCUCUCAGUUUCCAGACGCAAAGCUCAAACCAGGCGCCCCGAUAAAAAUCAAGAGCUCCCCAAACAAAGUGAAACUGACCGGCCCCGGGAUAGAAGGAGACGGGCUCAAGACGGGUCUACCUGCCGUGUUCCAUGCCGAUGCAACGACUGCCGGAUCGGGAAAACUAGAAGCUAGCGUGGACGGGCCGGAAGGUUUGGCCGAUGUUCGUAUACAAGACAAUAAAGACGGGACUUACACUUGCUCUUACGUCCCGCCAACUGAUGGAGCGUACAAUGUUAACGUUCUAUGGGGAGGACUCCCAGUCACUACAGAUCCAAUCAAAGUACAUGUAUCACCUGGUACCAAUGCAUUGGCCUGCCGUGCGUACGGGCCUGGAGUAGAAGGCAUUGAUCUUAAGGAAGGGACCAGUACUGAGUUUUUUGUUGAGACUACUGGAGCCGGGGAAGGAGAACUGAGUAUUGAUGUACGUGGACCUAAGGGACCACUGGACUCAGUUACUGUACAACAAGACACUGAGGAUAAAGAUCGCUAUUGUGUACAAUAUGUACCUCCUACUCCAUCUCAGUAUAUCAUAGAAGUGAAAUUUGCCAGGCUCCAUAUUAAAGACAGUCCGUUUAAAGUACGGGCAGUACCUGACAAACCCGACGCAACAAAGUGCUUUGCCGAAGGUCCUGGAGUGACAGACGAGCUCCAAGUCGAUGAGGAGACCUGGUUCCGUGUUUACACUAAAGGAGCCGGACGAGGCGACCUUGUUGCUAAUGCUCGGGGACUCCAUGGAGAGGUUAUCGUUUUAUCAGAAGAAGUAGAACCGGGAGUAACACAGUACACCUACACUCCUAAAGAAAGCGGGGAUCUAGUCAUAACAGUCAAGUAUGGUGGGUUCCACAUUCAGGGCAGUCGAUUCCGAGUACAAGUAAAACCUCCACCGAGACCAAACAAGUGCAUAGCCUCAGGUCCUGGCCUAGCACCUAAAGGUGUCCGUGUAAACCAAUCUACUAAUUUCCAUGUCAAAACCAAAGAUGCUGGGAGUGGAAAUGUCGAUGUCUCUAUAACUGGAGAUGGCGAUAUUGAGCUACCAUACAACCAAUUACCAAGCAGUCAGGGUAUUGACUAUGCAUAUACUCCAGUUGAUCCUGGUCAGUACACUGUUGAUAUAAAGUUUGCUGAUCAUGAUAUACCAGGCAGCCCGUUCCCAGUCUCCAUUACAGAUCCAUCUAAAGUAGACAUCACUGGGCCUGGGAUUAAUGGCGAGCCAAUAUUAGUGGGGGUCCCUCAUAAAUAUAACAUCAUUUCUAAGGGGGCCGGGCCUGGUGAUGUUGCUUGUCACGUUUCUGAUUCUAAAAGUCUCCCUGAAGUGAGAGAGAUUGAUGCUGAUAAUUUUGAGAUUCUUUACACUCCAAGCGGGACUGGUCCUAAAAAAAUGAACGUGACUUUCAAUGAGGCACCAAUACCAAAAACCCCAAUACGACUCAACGUCUAUGAUCCCUCUAAAGUCCUUGCUAAAGGCCCUGGUCUCGAGCCUGGUAAUAAAACUGGAGACACGACUCAUUUCAACGUCGAUAAACGUAAAGCAGGAGAAGGUCAAUUGGCCAUUCAAAUAAAAGGGCCGACAGAGCCGCCCCUGGUCAUCAAAGAUCAAGCUAAUGAUAUAGUAAGCUGCGAGUACACACCUCAGGUUGAAGGUGAUUAUGCCGUUUCUGUAUUACUUGAAGACUCUCAUAUACCUGGUAGCCCGUUUAACGUUUUUAUUAAACAGAAAGCUAACCCAUCACUAGUGAUUGCUACUGGAGAUGGUCUUAAUGAGACUGGACUAACAACAGACACUGAUGCAGAGUUUUUUGUCGACUACACUGCUGCUGGAGAUGGUGAGCUACAAGUACACAUUGAAGGCCCGGCGGGCGGAGUCGAAUUCAAUGAAGAAGAGAUGGAGCCUGGGAUCAACAAGUACACCUAUCAUACUGACCCGGAUGAAAAUGGCCGCUAUGUCGUGCAGAUAAAAUUUGCCGAAGAAGACAUACCAGACUCUCCGUUCACAGUCAAUGUUAAAUGGAAGCCAGACCCUUCUCGUGUUAUUGCCGAAGGCUCUGGACUUGAGGGUGGAAUCACAAAAGAACUUGCUGAGUUUACAGUCGACCUUCAAAAGGCCGGAGAUGGUGAAUUAGAAGCUCAUAUCGAAGGACCUUGCCCCGUGAAAAUUAAUGCGUUUGAUUCCGAAUCGAAACCAGUUGAAAAAUGCCUGAACAACAAUGGGAAUUUUUACUUGUUUCAAUACUUCCCGGAACUACCAGGCUCCUAUACAAUACCCAUUUUGUUUAACAAAGCACACGUACCAGGGAGUCCCUUUAAAGCCGUGUUUGAACUCGGGACGGACCCUUCGAAAUGUCUCGCUCACGGCCCGGGGCUCAGAGAACACGGAGUGAGGACCGGUGACCCAGGAAACUUUACGAUUGAUGCUACAAUGGCAGGACCUGGGGCUGUGGACGCUAUAGUCGAGAUACCAGGAAGCAUGCCAGUUCCUCCCAUCAUUACCAGUAAUAAUGAUGGGACUUACAGCGUGCUUUAUAACCCGCACAGGGUCGGGACUUAUGAGAUAUGCGUGACCUUUGCUGAUGUAUCUAUACCAGGCUCACCUUUCCUUGUCAAUGUCACUGAUCCAAGUAAAGUCUUAUUACAAGGACCAGGGUGUAGUGGUGAAGGGCCGGCUCACCAUCCAAUGGGAUCUCCUGUACUAUGGGUAGCCAACACUCAGAAGGCUGGCCCUGGAGUAUUUGAAGCUUUUGUGAGCCUCGAGGAAUUGAUAGACUAUGAUGAAGAGAGAGAAGAAGAGAAAGUUGUCAUUACGGAAGAUGGCCCAAUGUACAACAUUGAAUUCAAUCCGAGCAAGCCUGGCCCAUACGUGCUUGUAGUCUCUUAUUCUGGUAAUAGAAUAGACUUGGAGCCCGCCAUUGAAGUGUUUGACUCUGAGAGAGUCCAAGUGUAUGGGCCUGCUUUUGAUGGAGUUGAUCUUGGUGAGGAUGCAUUGUUUUAUAUUGAUUGCUCAAAAGCUGGCAAUGCACAGCUGGGGAUUGAGUUAUAUGGACCUGCUAAUGACUCACUUGAGCUACUGGAAGGAGAAGGGACAGGAUUCAAACUAAAUGCUUCUUCACCAGGCGUAUACGAGGUUGACAUCUCGUAUGGUUCCAACCCUGUCCCCGGUAGCCCUUUCUCUAUACCAGUUCGAGAUAUAACUAAAGUCGUCAUUAGUGGUUCGGGGGUUACGGGAGAAGGGGCAAGAGUGGGCAAGCCUGCCUUUGUUAGUGUCGAUACCAGCGACUCAGGACCCGCUCCUCUUGAAGUAAAGGUCACCUCUCCUUCUGGUGACUCUGAAAUGGUUCAAUUGGAAAAAUCGAGCGAUAACCAAGACCUUUAUGAGGGCUCUUAUACUCCUAAGGAGCCCGGCCAUUACUGCAUCGAAGUUGAUUAUAACGAGACUCCAUUACCAGAGAGCCCAUAUCAAGCACCAAUAGGAGCCCCUAAUCAAGUGACCAUUAACUGGCCUGAGCAUUCAUUUGUUGACAUUGAUAAUAUUGCCGUAUGUCAGACAGAAAAUGCUGGUCCUGGUGUAAUUGAAGCUGUUAUUAAAGGACCUGGCUCAUCAACUUGGAGCGUGUCCCCAUCAAGCAAUGGGUCUGGACAGGUUCUUCAUUAUUCUCCGGAUGCCCCAGGAAUAUAUGAAGCAGAGAUACUUUAUAACGGGUUUCCUGUUCAAGAAAAACCGGUAGAAUUUGAAGCUGUUAGUCUUAGCAAUGUAUCCGUAUCAGGCCCAGGGAUAAGAUCAGGGAUACUUGCCAGAGAAGAGACAUAUUUCAAUGUUAACACUGAGAAGGCAGGAAAGGGGGAUCUUGCAAUAAGCAUCAAGUCACCAGAGGGAGAUCAGCUACCAGUGGGAGUAACUGAUGAGACCCAAUCCUCUCACAGAAUCACUUACACGCCGGUGGUUGCUGGUGAUCACGUCAUUGUCGUGUCUUACAACGAAAGGGAAAUUGAAGCCUCACCAAUAUGCGUAUCUAUUGCUGAUCCUAAUCAAGUAGUGUGUACUGGUGAUGGUCUCAGUAGGGCUACAGUAGGAGAAGCUGCUCUCUUUAAGGCUGACGUGACUAGAGCUGGUAAAGGAGAGCUGAGAGUGAAUGUGGAUGGACCAGAACCUGUAGAUGAAGUUGAUUGCUCUGAUAAUCACGAUGGGACCCACACUGUCUCUUAUAUUCCUACGAAACCAGGCGUCUAUAGUGUAGACGUGAAGUAUAAUGACGUUUCCGUUGAUUCUAGUCCCUUCACAGUUGAAUGUCGCAGACCAUCACCCGAUGCUACUAAAUGCAUAGUUUCUGGCAUAGAAAACCCAGGAGAGUUUACUGUUGAUUGCAAAAACGCUGGAGGGAGCGGUCUUUUGGAAGUAGGCGUGUCUGGGUCUUAUGUUCCAGUUGAGUUCGUGUCCGUGCGUCAUAACGGUGACUAUACUUUUGUUGUGUCUUAUGAUGUCAGCAUUCCUGGGGAGACAACAAUAAGCGUCAAGUGGCACAAUCAGCACCUUGAAGGGAGUCCUUUUAUAGUUUUCAUAUGAUUAGAAUUCCUUUGCAACUUUUAACAGAUUGCUACUUAUAAGAGUUUUGCUAAUUAGCUUCUUUUACAAGUUUGUCUCUUUACAUUAAUUAGCUACUAAAGUUUUAUGUUUUCUUUGAUUUGAUGAGAGUCUGUUUAUCUUAGUGAUAAUUCAUUUAAAGUA